UUAAAUUAAAAUCUUAUGUAAAUUUGCAUAAUAGCGUUUUGCAAUACUCGAACAUAAUUGAAAACAAAAAAAAAGUGUUUGUGAGUGACACUAAAGUGCUUCAUUCACUCAAGUGUUUUGUGGAGAAAAAAAAACUAUUAUUGAAAGUAACUAAAUUGUGUAAAAGUUAACAAAUUUGAAUUAUGCGCUUUUGCAUAAUGUGCAUCGUCGUCGUGACUGCUGCGCACGUGUAUCGAAAAUGAUUGAAGCAUUUGCCAAUCACAUAAGCAGUCACUUGGGACGUCAUCUGUUUUACUGGGCUGUUUCACAAUCUGAUAUUACCGGCCUCAACCUGCGUAUCUCAGAGCUAAUAAACAAAUUUCAUGGUCCACUUGAACGUGGCGUUCAAGUGCUUGACCAUCUGCUAACACUGGAGGAGGAAGAUUUCAACGGCCAUUGGGGUAGUGCGUAUGUGCACAAUUAUGAGCCGGAAAUCGCAAAUAAUCAACAUGUGGGAAAUGACAAUAUCUUGGCCUAUAAUCAAGAAAUACUACAACAAUCCGGCGAUAAUUUACAACCAAAUCCAGUGCAACUUUUAGCAGCAAGCAGACAACAACAAAGCAUGGAAACCCUAAACAAUGGCAACGGUUUGUUGCUCUCGCCGCCGCAUAACAAUUCUGGACACCCACAGCAGCAGCAACAGCGUAACAUCGGCAGUGGCAGCGCUUCCGGUGAAAACAAUAUACAAAUAACACAACCGAUAAGUGCGCCAUCGUCGCCAUUGGCCUCACCUGGUGCAGUAACGAGUUCUACUUCGUUUUGUCUACCCUCAAGCUGUUCCACAACUGCAGCUGCAGCCGGCAACAACAAUAGUGGUGGCAGUGGCUCCUAUGUUUGCUCAGCUGGUACCAACAAUCUGGCUUUUGUGACUGCAACGAAUGCGAACGACACUGCAGACCCAAACUGGCAAGCCAAUAAAACAACAGUGUUGGAGCGAAAUGCAGCUAUGUUCAACAAUGAAUUACUGUCAGAUGUAAAAUUUAUUGUUGGUGGAGAAUUUGGACCCGUACAAACAAUACCCGCGCACAAAUACGUUUUAGCUACCGGCAGUUCAGUAUUUUAUGCAAUGUUCAAUGGUGGUUUAGCAGAGAAGAAGAACGAAAUUGAAGUGCCUGAUGUGGAACCGUCAGCUUUUUUUACAUUGUUAAGAUAUUUAUAUUGUGAUGAAAUUCAAUUGGAACCUGAUAAUAUAUUGGCUACACUUUAUGCUGCCAAGAAAUAUAUUGUGCCACAUUUAGCACGCGCUUGUGUUAACUAUUUGGAAGUGAAAUUGACGGCAAAAAACGCCUGUCUACUUCUCAGUCAAUCUCGUCUUUUCGAAGAGCCAGAACUGAUGCAGCGUUGCUGGGAAGUUAUAGACGCACAAGCAGAAAUGGCGAUUAAAUCUGAAGACUUUGUCGAUAUUGAUCUCAAAACGUUUGAGUCAAUUUUGUCACGUGAAACACUUAAUUGUAAGGAAAUCCAUUUAUUUGAGGCAGCAUUGAAUUGGGCUCUAAAUGCUUGCCAAAAGAUGACCGUCGAUAAUACAUCCCAAAAUAAACGUAAUGUAUUGGGACAGGCUUUGCAUUUGAUACGCAUACCAACAAUGACACUGGAGGAAUUUGCAAAUGGUGUCGCACAAACUGGCAUUUUAACUUUGCAGGAGAAUGUGGAUAUGUUUUUAUAUUUUACAGCCAAAGCAAAACCAACUUUAAGUUUCCCCACAAGACCACGCGCUGGCCUAAAGACACAAGUAUGCCAUCGAUUUCAGUCUUGCGCUUACCGUUCAAAUCAAUGGAGAUAUCGUGGACGCUGUGAUUCAAUACAGUUUUCUGUGGAUCGGAGAAUCUUUAUAGUUGGUUUUGGUUUAUAUGGAUCAUCAACUGGCGCUGCAAAUUAUAAUGUCAAAAUAGAACUGAAACGUUUAGGACGUACACUUGCCGAAAAUGACACUAAAUUCUAUUCAGAUGGAUCUAGUAAUACUUUCCAUGUUUUCUUUGAAAAUCCCAUACAAGUAGAGCCGGAAUGUUACUACACAGCUUCAGUUAUACUGGAUGGCAAUGAAUUGAGUUUCUUUGGACAAGAGGGUAUGUCAGAAGUGUGUAUGGGCAAUGUAACGUUCCAAUUUCAAUGCUCAUCUGAAAGCACAAAUGGCACUGGUGUACAAGGAGGUCAAAUACCAGAACUUAUAUUCUAUGGACCAACAACAGUAACUGCCAUAAAUUCUCCUACAAAUUCAUUGUGUGCAACUCCAAUCGGAAGUGGAGCAGCAGCCAGUGUACUGCCCACAGGUGCUCAAAGCAAUACCGAUGAAUUAAUUACCAGCGGCAGUAGUGAUAGUGUGACAGCAGCUUGAGUAAGGGCCAAAGUGAUAAGAAUAAGGCGGAAAUUUUCAAUUUCAAGUAGUUUUUAAUUAAGAAGCAAAACAACGGAAUUCAAGGGUUUUCAACAUAAAUACAAAAUACAAUACUAAAUUUUUAUAUUAAAAAAAAAACAUAUUUUGAAAUUAAAAAUUGAAAAAUUGUUAGAGUAGAGUAUAACAACAGAAAUCUGUUA